CAUGGAAAUUUCAUCAAGAUCAAAUGCUGAGUUGAGUUUUAGGCAGCACAGAAAGCCCCAAAGCCAAAGACACCCUGAUGAAUCAGAGAAGGAUUGCACCACUGCUAAAAGAUUCUGUCAAGAGGAUCUGUACUGCUCUUCAGUGUAUAGGAGCUUCCAGCAAGCGUGCCGGGCAGAGGCAGCAAAAUGUAGAAUGGGCAGCCAGGAAUGUUUGUCAGCAUGGAAAGAACUGAGGAAAACAGUGAUGGGAGAGUGCAAGUGCUCAGAGCCACUACAAAGGAGAUGCCUUAGAAUAUGGAAGGGAAUAUUUAGCAACCCUUGUUUGCAAUACUUUCAAGGGAACCAAGAUUCAGUAGCUAGUGAAAAUGGCGAUGAACAUGAUGAUGAUGGUGAUGAUCAUGAUAAAAAUCAGGACACUGACACAGACAAUAUUAGUAUGGAAACAAAGCUACAAUGGAGUUUAUCAUCUCUCUCCAAGCAAGCAUACACAGCAAACAGAUCCUGUUUGGAUGUGAACAUGGACUGUGUUGAAGAUGAAGUAUGUAACAAACAGUUGUCCCUGUACCUUAAGGUCUGUUCAGUAAAUAAGAAGUGCAACAUGGAAGAAUGCCAAGUGGCCAUGAGGUUCUUCUAUCACAACAUGCCUUUUGAAGUUGCCCAAAUGAUGACAUUUUGUGAUUGCGUCCAGCCUGAUGAAUCCUGCCACAGUGCCAAAGAACUUCUUCAUGGCAAGCCCUGUGCAAUUACUUCAGCUCCACUCCCAUCAUGUCUAAGUGUAAUUCACAUGUGUGAGGAAGAUGAAUUCUGCAGGAAAAAAUACAAAGCUUUUUGGGACAAAUGUUGGAGACACGUGACCAAAGAAUGCUAUGACGAUGAAGCUUGUCUUGAAACUUUAAUUAAAGACGACAUGCCCUGUUCUGCAAACGCUGAUUGCAAAGCAGCCUACAUCAACAACUGGGGCACAAUGCUACGUGUGGAGUGCACCUGUCAGAAUUCACCACCGGCAGAACAGUCGCUGUGCAAGCUCUUCCAUCACAUGCUUCACAGCACGUCCUGCUUCAGUCAGUUACGUCAAAUUUCAGUUAGGAAAGGGUUUCAUUGGCUGAAUACAGAAAUACCAGGAGAAAAGCUUUCCAGAACACAACUGCAUUCAUCUUCAAUUAAUGGUGAAACAGUCUACAUUAUUGCCUAUUCCUCCUGCAUAGUUCUCAUCCUAGGAAUAGUCCUGUUGACUCUCCUAAAGAUCAGAGCCUGCAGAACAAAACACCAGUCAAGAAGUCCAUCGCCAGAUCAUUCUUCUGAAACAUUUAUGGUCCAUUAUAAAAGUCACAGAUGAAUUACUUUGUUGCUUAUGCUUUUUAAGGCUACUCUUGAAAGCCAGCCUGUUGUACAUAUGCGGUAAUAAAAUAUAUAAUAGAAAACUUACUAUAAAUUACGGAAUUUUGUAGUUGUGCAUACAGAAGAUUUUUCUAUUUAUUAACACAUUAAAACUUUCACAAGCUUAAAAAAAAAACAAACAUAUUUUUGCGUAGAUUCAUAGAUACGUCCUGAGCUAUGCAUUUGCUAUAUCCUCAGACUCAUGUGAUUGAUAUUAAUGCUGUAUCAGCACAAGUCUGGCUUUACAAUGUGUCUUGUGGGGCAAACUAUGAGAGCCACUCUACAGAUGUGAAUUUAUCAGACAGAAAGGAAAAAAAUCCACUCGGAAAUAUUUCAGAGCAGUUAGAAAGCAUAUAUGUGGGGAUUUAGUACUCCAGGUUCCCUCCAUGUACCCAAUGGGCUAUCCAUGAGGCAGCACACAUGGGAAGGUGGCCUGCAGUUUGAUUAUGAAGCACUCAGUGGGGUAGAGGAAGAUCAGGAUUACAACCUCUGUCAGUGUGAAGAGGAAUUAAGCUGGGCGCCUGGGUGGAUGUUUUGACCAGUAUGUUGUUGUUGAAACUGGUUAUUCCUUUCCUUCCAAGACGCUUCAAAAAGACAUGAAAGAACUUUGCCAGUCUGAAAACAACAAUUUUAGAAAACAUUCUAUGGUCUGAAUUCCCAGUGGCAAAAACCAUUUGAUGGGGGAUGAAGUGAAAUGCCUGUUUCUUGAGAGAUCAGAUACAACCUCUCCAUCCCUGUUUCAUAUUCAUUGUCUCUAGGCUAUACUCAAAGUGCCUAAUUCUCCCUGUGCACUGUACUGGGAGUCAUGGUCCCUAACACACCAUUCUGGAUCCCACUUUGUGGUGAUGAGUUCUGGAUUUCUCCUUGUAGCUGAAUUAUUUACUGGAUUAAGCUUCUGUUUAUUAGAAAUUGGUUGUCUUUGUUGUGUUUUUCUAACAAUCAGGUUCUGAUCAGCACAAAGUAACAGACUGGCAUUUCUUGUUUUGCUAUCUCCACAAGCAGCAUAUGUCUCGUCUUUUCAUGAUAACAUCCAACAAAUUUUCUAAAUAGCUUAUACUAAGAUGUUAGGAACUCUUCAUAUGUGUGCUUAGACACACAAACUCUCACACACAGGAGUAUGUAAAAUGCAUUUGAAACUGGAAUAAGCAUACCGGUUAUUCUGAAAGACUGCAAGAUCUUGAGUGGAUACUGUAUAUGUACUGUAUAUGUGGAAUUUUAUGUGCUCUUUUCAUUAGAACUAACUUUAAUGCUUAAAAGAAAAGAAAUCUCCUCCAUUACAAUAUGUAACAUGCACCUGUAUCACAAUUCCUUUGAUUUAUAUUUCAUAGUGGCACUAUAUUCUGUCAGUUGUAUGUAAGCAUUAACUAUUAAAUAAAGGAAUCUCUGCUGUGAUAAUCUGUAUUCAGGUAUCAUGAUUAGACUCUAACUAUGUCUUGAACAAAGAAGUACCAUGCAGCACAGCACCAACUACACAAAUACAGUUAUAGUUCAAUCAGCAUUUUUUGAAGAGCAGUAUCCCCAGUUUUACCACUUUUGUCCCAAAUACGAUUAGGAAACACCCAACAAUAUCACAUGCCCUGUAGAUUAGCUUCAUGACAGAAUCACAGGGGCUAGAAGGGGUCUCUGGAGAACACCUAGGCCAAACCCCUACUAAAGCAGGUUCCCUACAAGAGGUUGCACAGGAAAGCAUGGGGGUGGGUCUUGAUGAAGUAUUAUUUUUUCUAACAGCCCAAUCAUUAAAAAUUUUUUAUCUGAACUGAGACAUCUGUACUAAAUGCCGAGGAAAAUAAAGCCCACAUUUCUGUCUCUUUGAUGACUCGGUAUUCCCAGGUCAUUUUGGGUAAGGACAUGAUUUACCUCCCUUCCAUUGGAGCUGGGACAUUGCACAGUAAAGAAAUGAAGAACAACCAGGUUAGAGAGAAACCGUACAUUUUAGUCUUAUUCUCAUUUGAAACAGGGAAUACUGGAUCCCAGUUUUUGUUUUCAACACCAUUUAUGCAGUUUAUCUGAAGAUUGCUUCAAAUUAAAUGUAAGGAGUCUUUGAAACAUACACAGGACUUGGUUCCUUGUGCAGUGCCGAAGAUAUAAAGCUUAAAAUUCAAAGUCCACAUUUCUCUUGCCUUGCCAGAGUGAGUCCUGAAUUCUUCAAAAGGAAGAUUUUCUUCAGCUAUUCCAAUUGCUUAUGAGAUGAGAGAAUUUGCUUUUUAGAGGGAUAGCCAUCUCAAACUGAUGUGGGAAUCAUAGCAUACUAACACGGAUGAAAGCAGAUACAAGCAGAACCAUCACCAUCCCCAGCGCGGUGCCUUAAAAGAGUGAACACCAUUCUGUUCUUUAAAAAAAUUACCAUGGGAGUCUUUUACUGUUGGAUUCAAACUGGUGAAGACAAAUGUCUGCGGCUCAGGUUGAGGCAGCUCAGUGCCAUGGGUUAGGAUAUUUACUGCAAUUUUUUUCCAAGAAUAUUCCCCAGUCAACAUGCUGUCAUUUCAGACCAGAUGCUGAAGCUGUUCCUCAUCUCCCAUUAGCUCUACAGAGGGUCUCUGAUACCAUUUACGGGGCAGAGAUUUCUACUUUGUGGGGAACAUCUAAAGCUGGAUGAAGCCUCAUUGAGUUUUUCAAGUUGUACCUCCAUUACUGCCUGUAGCUUUUAAUGUUUAGUUAAUGGAGGGAAAAAAUGUUUUCCUAGUUACUUAGAAGAGAUUUGUCAGCUAUAAAAGCACAUGGGGAGAACUGAUAAAAAGGUAAUUCCAAGAAAAUGUACUUCAAACAGAUUAUGAGGCAACAAAGUCAACACAGGAGGACAUGUCAGAGGGACAGCUUAUUUUGCUAAUGCCAUACAUGUGAGCUGCUUAAUCAGAGCUGCUGAAUCUGGCGUAAUAGAUGAGUGUAUCAGUUUCAGUAAACACUGAGAGAGCUUUUGUUUCAUCUUUAACAUCACUCAUUGCAAAAUCACAAAUGGAUACAACCAGGAGGGUACAAAUGCAUCACUAUUUUUACAUCAGCUUCGAGGGACUAAGUUGACUUUGGCUUUAUUCCUUCUGCCUGUGGUGAUGCUGUAGCACUGAAUACCAACACAGUGUUAGAGAAGAACCUUAGAGAAAAAUAAUGUUCAAAAACGUGUCUUAGUAGAAAAAGAUUUAUCAGCAAGAACUGAAAGGGAGUGUGUCUUUCGUUCAGUUCUCAAGACAGAUUUUUACAUUUAUCCACUUCUGCAUAACAUCUUGGAUCUAGAGAAAGUAACAGUUAUCCUGAUAAUAUUAUAUAAACAGGACAACCUUUUAUUUUUAAAAAAGAACUUAUGGCAGUCAGAGAAAUCAUAUAAAAUUCAGUGUCACGGAAUUCUAAUUUUCAGAUAUUUAGCAUCGUAUCUAAGCAAUAUUUCUACCACUUAAAAGUAACUCUGUGAAAAAAUAGUCAUGUAAUCUCAUUCCUUCACACUAAACCCUUGGAUGAAGAUUAUUUCAUUUCAACAGUGCUGAUCCCAAAAAGCAAAUUUUACCUCACAGACUUUCAGUCUUCAUUCUGUGACUCCUUAUUACAAUAGUAAAAGUUUUAUGAACUCAAAUGAUGCUAUUAAGAAGGGAAAAUUAGCCGAAGCUUCUCUGGACUUAUUCACAAGACCAGAAUAUUCACUUCUUUGUCCCAUAAACUCUGGCUACACAUGAAAAUAAAAGUUUAAAGUGCUGGUCCAGAGCCAAGUUGCCCAAAUACAUAAAAGCUGCAACUAAACUACAAAGCAAGCUGCUGCUGGAAGACAUUAGCACUGCCCAUGUAAGGGAUCCAUGACACUGCUGCCCAGUGAAGAACUAUGCCCAUUACUGGUGGAACUAAUCAACUUCUCCAGAAACACGUACAAGCCAUGCCUUUAGAAAAGAGUAUCUUAACCUUUCAAGAGCCAGUAUUUCACUUUCUAGCUACUGCCAACAACAUGGAAAGAAGGAAAACUACUGUGGAAGUAUUAAAGAAAGUUCAGCAAUGCAACAUCGGUUAUCUGUCAAACCUUCACAGGCUCAGAGCAGGCCACUGACCAAAGAUUGCCCUGGAUAUUCCAGUUACAUACUCCAUGGCCCUAACACAAGUAAAAUGACCUCCAUGUUGUUCCAGAAGAUCUCUGCAGUGAUUUCGAUCCAGUGGCCCACAGAAGAAGACAGUUUUCAAAGAACAGAAAUAAAUAUAUUGGAACAUCUAAUUUGGCUCUGGUAAAACUCACAGAGAGCAGUCAGUGUUAAGGAGAAGUUUCUCUCCUCUGCAGGAUGCCAAGAGUUUACACUCUCCCCUUUUCAGCAUUUAUAUAGGAGCAUCACCAAAACAGACGGAGAGGCAGCAUGUCCCCACAUUCUAACUGUGUGAUCAUGAUAUUCAGCACUUUGUUGCUUUUUCUUUAUAGCUUUCAACAGAUACAUAAUUUUUAUAAUGACAUAAUAAUUGGGUCACAAAU